AUGGCGACCAUGGAAGCAAAAGACAUUGAAGAGCGCGGUAAACAGCUGGCCAAGGCUGCAUCAGGCGGCGACCCUCCAGCGACUCUGCUGGCCCUCCUGGACGGCCUGAAGGGAUGGACUGCGACGGAAAAGCUGCUGCGCCAGACAAAGAUUGGUGUCCACGUCAACAAGCUGCGCCAGAACAGCGAUGCACAAGUAGCCCGCACCGCCGCCACUCUGGUCAACAAGUGGAAGACAGACGUCAAGAGAUCUCCUGCCACGGCCGCCUCCAGUGGCACCAACUCGCCUGCUCCUGCAAAGUCCUCGCCCGCGCCCGCUGCUGCUGCUGCAAAAUCAAAGUCGGAACCUCAUGGUGAUCCCGAGAAGCGCAACAGUGUGUCGGACAAGAUUAAUUGCGAAGUCACUGGAAACCAGACUCGCGAUGCCUGCAUCAAGUUGAUGUACGACGGCUUGGCCUUCAUGUCGCCUGAUGCUUCGCAGGACAUCCUGACCGUUGCACGUUCCGGCAAUCCCAAGCUCCGUAGUCAGGUGCUAUCUGGUUUCAUCAAGCCCGAUCGCUUCGAAAACAUGGACAAGGCCAUGGUCGCCCAAGCCGAGAGGAGUAUCAGUGCCAGUCUGACCUGCGGCAAGUGUGGUCAGAAGAAGGUCAGUUACAGUCAGGCCCAGACCAGAUCCGCCGAUGAACCUAUGACAACUUUCUGCGAGUGUACCGUCUGCGGUAAUAGAUGGAAGUUCUCUUGA